AUGACUGUUGAAGAAUUAGCGGGGAAUCUCAUUGUUCAAGCCAUAAACGAAGACAGGGAGUCAUGUAUGAGCUUAAUCAUGUCAUUUUUCGGCCAAAUCAGCGCAGUUAAUGAUCCGCAGCGGUUUCUAGCGCAAACAUCGUUGUAUAGAGUACUCAGAAGUGGCGGAGUCCGUGUUGCAGAAGAAAAAGAAAUAAUUUACAAAUUCAUUGAAAUUUGUCAAGUAGAACCAGACAUAAUUGCAACAUCGACAAGUGCGACAUGCGCAUUACUCAACUUGUUGAAACUGUCUGUAUCCAAUGGUUUGGCCUUCAAACCUUAUCAGACACAACUUACCACGACUUUUCUUCGUUUUGUCAUUGAAAGUGAAUGUAAUCAACAAACUUUGUCAAAAUUUGAAGAAAUUUUACCGAAUUUCAUUUCACAAUACGAAUCAAGUUUCGAUUGGACUGAUGAAAUAAUCGGUGCUUUGAGUAUGUCUGAUUCAAUUAAAAGAGCUGAAGCUGCAGGAAUCGCGAUAUCUUUGAUUGGUCAAAACAAAGAAAGUUGUUUAUCAACAUCAAUUGAAAUUUUACAAUCAAAUAUAGAUAUCAACAAUCCUGUACCAGGUGUAACAUCUUUAUUGAAGUUUUGUUGUAGUUCAGGUUGUUCAUGCGUCGAUGAAAUUGUUUCUAUUUCGUUGCCAUUGAUCUCUGAUGAUUUAAUUCAUUCUUUAAUAAUAGAAUGUACGAAAAAAAGUGACGAUUUUCCAAAUUUACUUUUGGAACACAUACAAACGAUCAGUGGCCCAUUAUCUUUAGCGGCAAGCUUGAACACAAUACCUUCAAUAAAACAAAAAUGGAAUGGCGACGGUUUGAACGGUUUUUAG